AUGGUUGAUUUUGUAGACAUCAACGGCGCUCGCCUUGCGUAUCGAAUUGCCGGGCCGGAAAAUGCUCCUCUUAUGAUCACGCUCCAUGGCGGCCGAGGAAUGGGUGACCAUAGAUCCGACUUCAGAAUUUACAGCCAGCUAAGCGACAAGAUCCGGGUUCUGUCCUUCGACUAUCGCGGACAUGGUCAGAGCUCUUUGACAAAGCCUUACACCUUUGAGCAAAUUGUUGAUGACAUCGAGGGAGUGAGACAACAUUUCGCUGGAGAUAGUCAGGUCAUCAUUUGCGGCGGCAGCUUCGGGGGGUUCUUAGCACAACACUACGCCAUCAAGUACGCCCCACGAGUCUCGCAUCUAAUUCUCAGAGGGACAGCGCCAUCCCACCACCAUGAGGCUGGCGCCAUCAAAACGCUAGAAGAAAGGAUUCACAAAGUCCCUAGCUUCUCUGUCAACAUGUUGAAGAACAAGGUCUUCGGCGCUUACGAGAAUGAUCGCGAGUUUCAAUUGAUAUACUUCGCGAUGAUGCCGCUUUACAAAGAGACCUUUGAUCCUGAUGCGGCAUUGGGGAGCAACCUUGAUGGAGUUUAUGUUGCAGAAUCGCAUAAUGAUCUCUAUUCUGAGAAAGAAAAGUACUUUGAUUACACGGACCAGUUGCCAAAGAUCACGGCCAAGACACUAGUUGUUGUUGGCGAUAAGGACUGGAUUUGCCCUCCUGAAUUCCUGGGGCUGAGCUGUUUAUGGUUGAAGGCGCUAAUCAUGGAGUUCAUGCUGAAAAGCCAGAGCUGGUACUUGGCAAAGUCCGAAAACACCUGGACAUUUGACUGGCAUACGUGA